UUGGCUUUCAAUCAGUUCAGUUCAUACGUUUCGACAUGUUCAAAUUUGUGAUCUUGUUGUCAGUCGUGGCCUGCGCCUUUGGUGCUGCCAUUCCCGAUGGUCUUCUGCCCCAGUUGGAUGGCCGCAUUGUUGGAGGCACUGCCACCACCAUCAGCAGCUUCCCCUGGCAAAUCUCUCUGCAGCGUAGUGGCUCCCACUCCUGCGGUGGUUCCAUCUACUCUGCCAACAUCGUUGUGACUGCUGCUCACUGUCUGCAAUCUGUGUCGGCCUCCGUUCUGCAGGUGCGCGCUGGCUCCACCUACUGGAGCUCCGGCGGUGUUGUCUCCAAGGUUGCUGCUUUCAAGAAUCACGAGGGCUACAAUGCCAAUACCAUGGUCAACGAUAUUGCCGUCAUCCGUUUGAGCUCUUCCCUCAGCUUGGGCUCUAACAUCAAGGCCAUUGGACUGGCUACCUACAAUCCGGCUAAUGGCGCUGCCGCUUCCGUUUCUGGUUGGGGUACUACCUCGUAUGGUUCCAGCUCCAUUCCCGCCAAUCUGCAGUAUGUCAAUCUGAAGAUUGUCAGCCAGGCCCAGUGCGCUUCGUCCACCUAUAGCUAUGGCAGUCAAAUCAAGAGCACCAUGAUCUGCGCUGCUUCCAGUGGCAAGGAUGCUUGCCAAGGUGAUUCCGGUGGCCCAUUGGUCUCUGGUGGUCUUUUGGUUGGUGUUGUCUCUUGGGGCUAUGGCUGUGCCUAUGCAGGCUAUCCCGGAGUCUAUGCCGAUGUGGCUGUUCUCCGCUCUUGGGUGGUCAGCACUGCCAACUCGAUCUAAGAACUUGAUUCAAUAAUAAUAAAAUCUUUUGACACCAGCUUAAAAAAAAA